AAAGAACCAACUCUUUCCGUGUACGUAACGACGACCGCAGUCUAAGACCCCGCCCACCCUCAUUGACGGCAAAAUGGCGACGGAGAAUUGUGAUGCUGUGAACAUGGACCCUGACAUCGAACUGCUUAGUGACGAGGAGAUAGAAAGGGAUGCAGAAGCAUACAAGGAGCAAGGCAAUGUUUUUUACAUCAAGAAGGACUACACAGAGGCAUUCAAUUAUUACACCAAGGCUAUUGAUAUGUCUCCAAAAAAUGCAAGCUACUACGGAAACCGGGCGGCCACGCUAAUGAUGCUGUGCCGGUACAGGGAGGCUUUGGAGGAUUCCCAGCAAGCAGUGCGACUAGACAACAGCUUUAUGAAAGGACAUCUGCGAGAGGGUAAGUGCCACCUCUCACUUGGAAAUGCUAUGGCAGCCAGCCGCUGUUUCCAGAAAGUUCUGGAACUGGAGCCAGAUAACAGCCAAGCCCAGCAGGAGCUAAAGAAUGCAGAGUCCAUCCUUGAAUAUGAGAGAAUGGCAGAGAUUGGAUUUGAAAAGAGAGACUUCAGAAUGGUUGUGUUUUGUAUGGACCGUGCCUUGGAGAGUGCGUCAGCUUGUCACAAGUUCAAGAUUUUGAAGGCAGAAUGUUUAGCCUUACUGGGACGAUACCCAGAAGCUCAGUCUGUCGCCAGUGACAUACUCCGAAUAGACUCCACCAACGCUGACGCUCUUUACGUGCGCGGUCUCUGUCUGUAUUAUGAGGACUGCAUUGAUAAGGCUGUUCAGUUCUUCGUCCAGGCCCUGCGUAUGGCUCCUGACCACGACAAGGCCCGACUCGCAUGUAGAAAUGCCAAAGCGUUAAAAGCCAAGAAAGAAGAAGGGAACAAGGCGUUCAAGGAGGGCAACUUUGAGGCAGCGUAUGAUUUGUACUCAGAGGCCCUAACAAUAGACCCAAACAACAUCAAGACUAAUGCCAAACUGUACUGCAACAGAGCCACAGUUGGAUCUAAGCUGAAGAAACUAGAACAAGCCAUUGAAGACUGCACAAAGGCCAUUAAGCUGGAUGAGACCUACAUCAAGGCCUAUUUAAGGAGAGCACAGUGCUACAUGGACACAGAGCAGUAUGAAGAGGGAGUGAGGGAUUAUGAGAAGGUCUACCAGACAGAAAAGACAAAAGAACAUAAACAUCUCCUCAAAACGGCUCAACUGGAGUUAAAGAAAAGCAAGCGGAAAGAUUACUACAAGAUACUCGGAGUGGAUAAGAACGCCACAGAAGAGGAGAUCAAAAAAGCGUACCGCAAACGUGCACUUUUACAUCACCCAGACCGGCAUAGCAGUGCUAGUACUGAGGUGCAGAAAGAAGAGGAGAAAAAGUUUAAGGAAGUGGGCGAGGCUUUCAGCGUGCUUUCAGACGCAAAGAAAAAGGCUCGCUAUGACAGCGGGCAGGACCUGGAGGAUGACGGCAUGAACAUGGGAGACUUUGAUGCCAACAACAUUUUCAAGGCAUUCUUUGGAGGACCAGGGGGUUUUAGCUUUGAAGCGUCUGGACCAGGAAACUUCUUCUUCCAGUUUGGUUAAUUGGAGGUGGUGUCUGCAUUAACAGCAACAACAUCAGGACUUUUCUACAAUGUCGACCCCACUACCCACCAUCUGUAUUUAAUGACUGACUAUAAGUCAGAUUAUUCCUGUCUAUGCCAUUGGCUGAAUGAAUGCAACCCAGUGACCACACGCAGUGAAUUAUUUACAGCAAGGACACCAAGGUGACUCCGAUCGAUUAUUCCUACUGGGUUUUUUUUUUUUUUUUUUUCUUCCAGAAUAAAACAAACUCAAAAAUCAGUAACGGCUACCAACAACAAUCCAAAUAAUCUGUGGAGCUUUGACAGAGAAAUUGUGCAGUAAUUGUGUCGGAGCUUGAAAUGUCAUCCUGGGAGAAAAUGUUGAGAUGCAAUAUUACAUCUAGCAAGCGGUUAUUUUUGCCCACUUUUCUGCUGAGGGAGUAUUCUCUGCAUGAAACGUGGUAACUUGAUCAAUGUUUUCUGAGGAAAAUCACUGAGCAAGCCCCAUCUCCCGCUCGUUCCAAAGAACAUGACAGCAGGCUGCUACAAAUUCACAUUAAAACCCACUUUCUCGUCGCUUUGUAGAUUACGAGGCGGCAGAUGAUCUUUUUUUUUUUUUUUUUGAAGCAGAAAACAGCUGGAGGUCUUGACCUACACAAAUGGCAUGGCCAAAGCACACUAGAGAGAUGACAGUGAGGUCAGUAGUGGCAGCUUUGUUGCUGGCUGAGUCAUGGGUUUUAUGUUUGGUGUUGCCAUUCUGAGCUUGCUGCAUUGUACAUUUUACUGGAAUGUAAAGUGUUAAUUUGUGAUGUUAAAGUUUUUCAGUUUUUUUUUUAUUUUCAUAUCUAUAUUUAUUGUAAAUUUGCUGUCAAACUGUCAGUAUGAGAUGAAGACACUUCUGUUUGAAAAAAGGAAACGUAUGGAGCCUUUCUGCGGGAAGAUAAUUGAUUUGCUAGGUUUGCAUGAAGUCUGCUUAAAUGACUUAUUCUGCCUUUGUUAUUGGAGUUUGAUCCAAGCCAUCUAGUUUUGCUCAAAGCAAGAUGUAAUAUUAAAUUGCAAAUGUUUUAUUGUUGUCUUAGACAGUCGGACUCUGUGAAUUAUUUGAAACCUGGCAAAUUUUUGUUUCUUCCUGAUUUGAAAAAAGAAGUCUCUCCUCAUCUUUGCCCUCUGGAAACCAGCCUUUCUUUACCUCUCGAAAGGUAUCAGCUGUAUCAAUAAAGUUGACCUUCUCUUAGUUUCCCCGA